AUGAUGGAUUGCCAGAAGAUUGGAAAUGGUUUGCAAGUGACUGGUAUAGGGGCAUCUGCACUCCACAUGGUGGGGUAUUUGGGAAAAGUCAGUUCAGUUCUCUUUCACAUUGUGCAAAGUUCUCUUUUUUCAUUCCUCCUCCUCAAGUUUGAGAGAGUUUUUCAUUUCUAUUGGCCUAAUUUAUAUGACCUUUCAAAAAAAAAUUGUAAAAUUUAUUUUUCCACGGAAAUCUUAUUGAAAUGGCGAAAGAUUUACUUUCAAAUGUUGUUACUAUUCCCCAAAAGUUUAUGAACACAUUUGAUCUAUUGCUGGUUAUAUUUUCAUGGUCAGACUGAUGGUAAAGGCUAUUUUGUUCAGUGCAAAUAGCCCGAACAGUCAAUAUAAAAGCCAAUUUAUGUAUAGUAUCGUUUGCUCUCAUCUGUAUUUGAUUUGUUAUGUUUCACUGCUGUCAGAUUUAACUCUGAAACACAUAAAUGCUAUGAAAGUCAUUUUACCAUGUUUUAAUAUUUGGCCUCUCAAGAAUAACACAUUUGUUCUUUGUUUUACAUCACUUCAGGACUGCAGUUCCGCAGAAGUAACUCCCGAUGGAAGUUGCCCAGCUUGCAAAAAGAAGGGUCUCAUACGAGGUCUAAGAAUAUAUCACAUCAGUUUUGAAGAAUCUAUUUUCUUGUGUGAAAAUCCACAGGUGCAUCACUCUUUCUUGUUGAGCUGGGAUUGGUCCAAUUUUCCUAUAAUCCAUGAUUCUUAAUCUGAACACUUAUGCUAAUUUCCUAAGUAGUUGCCAUAACGUUUUAUGACUGGGUAUCUCUUUGGCAUACAAAAUAAUGGUUUCACUAAACCACAUUAUGUUUGAAUAGAUAGACAGAUUAUGGCUUGUGCUUAGGGAUGAACAGGGAGAGAAAAGUGGUGGUUGUGGGAGGAGGAAAGGCUAAAUCAGUAGGAGAAUCUGGGAGGGCGGUGAUCUAAGGGUACAUAGACUAAGCGCUGAUUAAUCCAAGCCUAAUUCAUCAAAACUAGAAAUUUCAUUCCUUUUUGUAAAAGUCAGAAAAAAAGAGAGCAGCAGCAAUAGGCACAUCAAAUGUCCAGAAAAACAUUUCAGAAAUAUCCUUUCAAAAAAUAGUGAGAGAAAAACCAAAUAUUACUCUGCAGAUACCCUCUUUCAAGCCAAUUUUUAUGUUUCUAAAAAUGUUUCUGAUUUCAAUGAACCAAUUUAUAGUACCGUUGACUGUGAAGGGUUAUGGAAUUCUAAAGAGAACUUACUAUCUCAGAGAAGUGCUAUUUAAAACACAUUUGGAUUUUAUUCAUUUUUCAUUAGGCGUUGCAUAGCUGUUGUUUCUGUAUACAGCCCUCUAUUGCAUCCCUGAGACCCACUUUGCAUGUUAUUAAUUUACUCAGAUAUCUUUGUGUUUCCCUCCUCUUUUUCAGUGUAUCUACCCUCUGGGAUUUGAACCACUAAGCAGCAUUAUAAUUCCUACUGAUAAAAAGGAUUCUCCAUCUCAGGGCACUUGUAGGAAAAGAAAGUCAUCUGACACAAGCCUGGUAACCUCUGCUGUUCCCCAACACUUAAAACUGACGAGGACUGAUAACUUGAUAGAAAAUGAGAAGGCAUUCAAACCUGAUCUUGCUCCCAAGUGCAGUGGAGAUAAUCUGUUUGGGACUCGGUCAGGGCAGCCUGACUUUCCAGAAGCCAGUCAGCCGAACUUUAAUAGUGCAACAGAAUCCGUGGAGCAGCAAAUGGACAUGAAAAAGGCAGCUCAAGGAAGUUCACCAGAAAUUUUUAGUGUUCAGGCACAGCUUUUGUCAGAUCCUGAAAUUGGUUCAUCAUUGUCUCAAAAUCUCCAUCAAGACAAACCAUCUCGGCCAGAGCCAUUGUGGCUUCAGUGGAGGAAUGUGUACGCUCUCUGCUGGUUAGAUUGCAUUCUGUCAGCCCUAGUGCAUUUAGAAACACUAAAAAUGAUUCUGAGUGGAUCAGUCUUGGAAAACGUAUCUGUAAUCCAGAGCCUAUUUGCAAAAUAUAACGAAGCAACUGCACUUGUGAAUACUUGCCAACGAGGUAAGCCAAACACAAGUGUCUUUUUUCCUUUUGCUGUCAAAAUAAUUUUUUAAAGAAGAUAAAUCAGUGGGGUGUAUAGAACUCUGAGCCUUGGACAAAGCAGCUGUUUCUUUUAUAGUCGGCACAAUGGUUUAAAAUCUAUGCAGGCCUUACAGCCUCCUUUUUUCCUUACUUUCUCAAAUAAGUUUGUGUCUCUAGUAUGUGCACCAGUCUUCAGCUUUGGAAAAUGAACCAGCUUUAAGUAAAAAAAAAAAAUCAGUCUCUUAGAAGCAAUAGUGUAGUUUUUUGCUUUAUAUUUCUACUUUCAUAAACUAAUCUUCCGCAAAAAAAACUCCCCACAUUUGCUCAGGUAAGUCAAAAGAGCGAUAGCCACUACUGCCUUUCACAUAAUAACUUCCCAGUAACAUAAGAGAUGGGGGUGUGAUUAAAAAAAUAAAUAAAUCAAAAAACAAUUUCCCCUUCCCACUUUAGCCUCCCACAACUCCUUCCAUGCUGUUUUGGAGGGUCCCCCAGCCCUCUGUAACAGAUUUGGGGAGGGGAGGCAAGGGGCUGCAACAGGAAGGAGGGAUCCACAACAAUUGCCUCCUCUUUUGCAUGAGCGAACACCACCAAUAGAACAGCAGCAUAGGCUGUUGCUCAUCCUUCUUUUCCCUCAUCCAUGAAUGGCAUCAAAAUCUGCCCAGGGUGAUUAGAUACAUCAGAUGAUGCAAUGCUUGCUUUGUGAAGGCUAAAAUAUUCCUAUCAUGCUGUUUAUUGACAUCAAAUACUUGCUUGGAGUUUGUGCAAUGCAUUUUUGAAUGUUGCUUUUUGGUUAUGCUUUCCACAUCAGCUUUUCUGUUAAGGAACAUCUGAAUUGCUUCCUUCAGGACCUUCAUAGCACUGCAGAUGAUUUGAGGGCACAUUCGAGCUCACAUGCUUGGUUCAGAUAGAGCACCAGGUAGACUCUCAGAGUCUCACUGUAGCUCUGCUGGGAGUGACAGUAUACCCUAUAACACACUCAUCUCCUCUAGCUUUAUGUUCCAGGGAAAGAUCAGUAGUGAUGACAAGCUGUCUUCCAUUGACUCUUAUCUGACAUUUCUCUUUGAUGGGUGCCUGAUAAGCUUCUGAAGACACCAUGGUUCUCCAGGAAGCAAUUUGAAAGCCACUUCAUGAGAGGCAAGGCAGAGGUUUGGCUUUGGCAGGUGUCCUAGUUGAUUUAAGUGGUUCACACCACUUGCCAUUAGCUUUGGAUAGUUGUUUAUAGAGAUGGUUGCAUUAAUCUGAUUUCACAGCACUGGAGAUAUUUGUGAGCAUCUGAAGUCUGGUUACUUGUAUAGCCAUAACAGCUACAAAACAAAUAGGAUAAUUACAUCUAUUUGAUAGUGUUACCAGCUCAAGGACAAUGUUAAAGUGGUAUAUAUACAUACAUUAAUAAGUGGAAUAAAUACUCAGUUAUUGUUGGUACAGAAUAAAAAAAUGGCAGUUCCUGGAGACAAAAUGUUGAUGGAUCAUUCUGUUUUUUGCAGGUGAAUGUGUUUCGGAAGUUCCUUUGGAUGUUCUUUCGAGAGCUGAAUCACACUUGAAUGAAAUCAGAAAUACAAUUUUUGUCCAACUUCAGCCACAGCUUAAAUGUAAAUUAGGUAAGUAAUUGCUAAAGGGUUUUUCAUUAUUGUCGUUGUUAUUAUUUUACAUACAACAGUACUAAGUUUCCAAACGUGACAGUAAACUAGUGCCAAACCUACUUUCUUUUUUUCUGUAUUGUAAAGUUCCUUUAUCUUUAGUUUCUUUGUGGGUCCAGAGAGAGUCAUUCCUCAAGAGUUCUGUGCUAAUAUAUUGCAAUGCUAGUACUUCCUUUCUGUCCAUCAGCUGCAAACUACUUUUCGUUGUCAUUAGCUUCAGAUAGGAUUCCGGUUUCAGUGAUCUAAUGCCUUUGUGUGUUCUAGCUGUUUUCUGGGCCAUUGAUUCCUCAGUUAGGCAUAAGGAGAAUACUAUUGAAUCAGAUCAAAGGUCCAUCUACUCCAGCAUUUGUCUUCCCACAGUGGUCAACCAGAUGCCUUGGGCAAGUUCUGAAACUGAGUGUGAAGGCCGUGCCUUUUUCAACUAAUAUUUAAGGGAAUACAGUGGUACCUCAGGUUAAGUACUUAAUUCAUUCUGGAGGUCCGUUCUUAACCUGAAACUGUUCUUAACCUGUAGCACCACUUUAGCUAAUGGGGCCUCCUGCUGCUGCCGCGCCGCUGGAGCACGAUUUUUGUUCUUAACCUGAAGCACUAUUUCUGGGUUAGCGGAGGCUGUAACCUGAAGUGUAUGUAACCUGAAGCGUAUGUAACCCAAGGUACCACUGUAUUGCCUCUGAAUAUGCAGAUUCCAUUUAAGACAUGGGAAGCUGCCUUAUACGGAGUCAGGCCAUUGGUUCACCUCAGUGUUGUUUUCACUGACUGGUAGCAGCUCUCCGGGAUUUCAGGCAGGGUUCUCUCCCUGGAGAUGCCAGAGAUUGAACCUGGGACAUUCUGCAUGCAAAGCAGAUGCUCUGCCACUGAGUUAUGGCCCUAACUUAACAUAGGGUUCCUUGUUAAGAUACCUUCACCAGAUUUUCUAGCCUCUUCCUGCUAAGUAGUCAGUGCUCAGAGUUUCUCAUCAUGUAUAUCCCAAUCCUGUGUCAGAAGAAAACUGCACUCAAACUGCACUCUGUGCACACUCACCUGGGAGGCUCAUUGAACUCAGUGGAACUUGCUUUUGAGUAAAGAUGCAUAAGCCGCUGCUGACAGUUACUAAAAAAAGUUGUCAUAAAUUAGGUCUUAGGUUUUAUUUAAUAUAGGAAGCAAAAUGUAUAAUUCUUAGAUAUUUCAAUGACUUAAAAAGUAUAUAAUUCAAUGCAAAAUUCAGAUAUCUUUAGACCUUCGUACUUUUGUUGUUUGAACAGAAAGCAAAACACACUUUAUGAGCCUGUGCACCAGCGUUUGUAAGAAUUGGCCCUUGUAAGUGCUUUCUGAAAUAUGUGAAACAUCUUUUGAAGAGUCACUAGAUUUUGGCCAUGAUCAGCAAGGUAUUUUACAUUAUUUAAAAAGGACCUGGAUAGCUCAGUUGGUUAGAAUAUGGUAUUUAUAAUGCGAAGGUUGCAGGUUCGAUCCCCAUACGGGACAGCUGCAUAUUCCUGCACUGCAGGGGGUUGGACUAGAUGAUCCUCAUGGUCUCUUUCCAACUCUGUGAUUCUAUGAAACAUAGUAAAAUGUUUUUACUGUCCUGCAGGGUGCUUUCAUGUGUCUCACCCCAUUUCUUUUCUUCAAAGGUAACAAGGAGAGCCCGGUGUUUGCAUUCCCUCUACUUUUAAAGAAGGAUCCUCAAACAGAAAAACUGUUUCUCCACUCUUAUUCAUGGAAGUUCGAAUGCUCACAGUGUGGCUACCAAGUCAAUGACAGGUUAGUUUCUGCUGAAGUUCUUUCUCGUCUUCCUUAAUACAAGCACAUGUUAAUCUUCAAAUCAGCGUGGAUGUCUUUAUAUUUUUCUCUGCAAACAGAACAUGUGCGGGAUUGAUGGGGUGUUAUGAGUAUGCCAUACGUCUUCUUUCACAGCAUAGCAUAAAAUGUUGUGUUUGCUGUCAGAAAAGGCAAGCUAGCUCUGCAGUACUUGAUAAUUCCUGAGUUUUUCUUGCUGUUGGUCAGGAUUGAUCCUGCCAGUUAAAGUGUGCAUUCAAGAGCUGAACACUGCAAUAUAUGACAGUAGCCCAAACAUCAUGUUUAGCCUCAACAUAAAUGAGGUUCCCAGAUACAUCCCAUUCUACUUCCAUUCUACUUGAUUCUAUUCCCUGAUAAAGACACCAAGCCCAGGAGCAUAAUAUCUCACCCCAUAUUGACAGACAUUCCCUCCAAUGGCUAUUUGCUAGCCUAAACAACCAGCACAUUUUGCUGGCAGUACAGUUCUCCAAGGCUGUGUUCACAUGCAGGGGAGAAUCAUGUACACAUCCACAGAUAUCUUUUUUGUUUCUGUUGCAGACAUGCCACUGCUUACAGUCAAGCUUACUUUAAACUGGAAAAUUCAUUGUUUAUUGAAUUUCAGUCACCUGCAAGCAGCAGGUAUAUGUUCCUGUAGCUUUUAAAAACUGUUGCAUGGGGUAAACAUUCCCACCCUAGGGCAAUCCGUGAAAUUUGCCAGUAUUUACUUCUUUAACUUGGAACUUAAAAUUACAUUUAAGCUUUUGAUUGCAGCAGGUUCAGAGCAAUUUUGAAUGUGGAUCAUUCAUAUGAAUGACUCUUCUGGAUGUCCCAGGUUUAGCUUGGCAAUAAUUUUCUCACAGCACUGGAUCAUUUCUUAUUUCAGGCGUCAGAAGACAUUGACAACAUUUACAAAUAUCAUCCCAGAAUGGCACCCGCUGAAAGCUGUUCAUACUGGUCCCUGUAAUAACUGUCAUCACAAAUCUCAAAGAAGAGAAAUGGUUUUAGAAAAGUAAGUGCGAACCAUAUUAAGCUGCUGAUGUGAGUAAAACUACAUCGCAGGUGGAUAAUGAGCUGCUGCUAGUGUUGUAUGAAAAUGCAGUUCUGGCAUAAUAUUAGUAGCCUUGCUGGGUCCCAUCAUGUAACUAUGAAUUUGCCAGCUAGACAGCUGUACCUACCUCCAAGGUUCUGCUAUUUGAAAACCAUGGCUUAUGGAAUCUCAUUCUAUAAGCUCUCAAAUAGUCUUAUUUGGGUGGUUUUAUAAAAAGCUUUUGAGAUACUUAUGAAACUUUCAUAAAUGGAGUUUCCUAAACAGCUAGUUGCUAAUUCUGCUGUGUGUGGAUGAUGUAUCGAGUAUUAAUAAUGCUGUAAGUUACAUAGUUCUAAAGCUACAAAUUGUUGUUUCUUUGAUAGUGUUUCCUCGGUACUUAUGAUGCACUUUGUGGAAGGCUUGCCACGUAAUGAUCUGGAGACCUACUCAUUUCAGUUUCAAGGCGAUUCCUACCAAGUAACAGCUGUUGUUCAGUAUCAGGAGGAGGCAAGACACUUCAUAACAUGGAUCUCGGAUUCAGAUGGUAAGUACAGUGCACUCCCAUCACCUGUCCUUCAAUAGGUGUCUGUCUGCACAGGCUGGCGGAAAGAAAGCAGGAAACACAUGUAAAAGAAAAAGCUUACUGUGCAGAAUGUACCAGCCCUCUCAGGUCCUUCAUCAGGAAAGUUCAAUCUUGUUUUGUUAUGCUUUCUCCCUUUUCCUUUUAGCUCCCCUGCAAUUUGCCUGGGACUUUCUCUUUUUGUUGCAAGUCCUGGUUGGUAGCCUCAGAUGAUUCUGGGAAGAAAAGCAAGAGAUUAGGAACCCAUAACUCAGGCAUAGGCAAACUCAUCCCUCCAGAUGUUUUGGGACUACAACUCCCAUCAUCCCUAGCUAAUAGGGCCAGUGGUCAGGGGUGAUGCGAGUUGUAGCCCCAAAAACAUCUAGAGGGCUGAGUUUGCCUAUGCCUGCCAUAAGUAGUAGACCAGUUAGCAGUAUGUGUGCUGUUCUGUUGUACGUUUUUCUAACCCAGUAUACAUAAGCUAUCACUGUUUCAUAACAAGUAGUUCCAGCACAGUCAUGUCCAUUAUCCCCUUGCCAAUCCUGUCCCAAAAGGCACCUGGGAGCCUCCCACAGUAAUGGGGAGGGUUUUCCCUCAAAACCCUUCUCAGAGAGGACCAACAAUUAUCGUAUUUUUCGCUCUAUAAGACGCAUCAGACCACAAGACGCACCUAGUUUUUGGAGGAGGAAAACAAGAAAAAAAAUAUUAUGAAUCUCAGAAGCCAGAACUGCAAGAGGGAUUGCUGCGCAGUGAAAGCAGCAAUCCCUCUUGCUGUUCUGGCUUCUGGGAUAGGUGCGCUGCCUGCAUUCACUCCAUAAGGCGCGCACACAUUUCCCCUUACUUUUUAGGAGGGAAAAAGUGAGUCUUAUAGAGCAAAAAAUACGGUAUGUCUUCUACUGUGUGGUGAUCCAAGGUUAAGAUAAGAGAAAGCUCGAAAACCAUUCCUAUAUCAGUCCUAUAGCCAGUCAUUCAGAUAGCUCAGUUGGUUAGAGGCUGCAGGUUCGAUUCCCCGUAAGGGACAACUGCAUAUUCCUGCAUUGCAGGAGGUUGGACUGGAUGACUCAGGGUCCCUUCCGAUUCUAUGAAAAUAAGUACAGUGGUACCUCGGGUUAAGUACUUAAUUCGUUCCGGAGGUCCGUUCUUAACCUGAAACUCUUCUUAACCUGAAGCACCACUUUAGCUAAUGGGGCCUCCCACGCUGCUGCUGCACGAUUUCUGUUCUCAUCCUGAAGCAAAGUUCUUAACCCAAGGUAUUAUUUCUGGGUUAGCGGAGUCUGUAACCUGAAGCGUAUGUAACCCAAGAUACCACUGUAGUACUCAUAUCCAUUAUUAGGAACACUUUCUGGCGAGGUGAAAUAAAUGUUCACAUCAGACUUGUAAAUAACUGUUUUCUUGAUCUCCGGUGGUGAGUAAAAAUUGCUUCCAGGCAGGGAAGCCAUUGUAAAGUGGUAGAGAAUUGGAGACCAUUUGUGACUUACAUAGGUAUGUGUGGGCGGGCAGGCUAGUUGCUGUUUAUUUUUGUGGAUAUAUUUCAAAGCUGGUUUAUCCAGUAAAGUGCUGAAAGACUUUGAAAUGAAUAGAACAGUGAUUUCCAGAGAACUGUGAUGAGGGAUUAUGCAUCCUAAAAUUCUGAACUGUUCAUUUCUCAUUUUCAGAAACAUGGCUUGAGUGUGAUGACUUAAAGGGUUCGUACUCUAGAAGACACAAGAUCUUUGGCGUUCCCCCUUCAGAGAUUCACAUUGUCAUCUGGGAAAGAAAAUCGCCACGACUGACAAAUGGUCUGGAUUCGCAGCUAGAAAGUGAAGUGGCUACGAAUGUUCCUUUGCUAAAAGCACAGCCAGAUUCUCCAUUUAAAUAUGCUGAUGGCAAGUCUGCUGGCAACGCACCUUUAAUUUAUCACACUGACGAUAACUUGAAUGCACACACAAAUGAGACACAAAACUUGAUUGCGAAUAACAACAGUAAUUUGCUUUGCGGCUUGGAAAACCUGGCCAAUGAUGAUGUUGUAACUUUGACUCUUGUACGAGUUCCACUUGACUCUGAAGGUAAACCACUGGACAAAAGCCCUGCAGUGGAAAAUAACAUGACAGUCAGAAUGGACACAUCGCAGCUGCAUGAUCCAGGUGGAGUUAAAGUUUCUCCAGCUACUUCUGAAAGAGAUGUUGCUGGGAAGGAGUGCAAGUUACUUGAAAAUGGCAGUACUCCCUUGCAUCAAGGGCAGCCAAACAAUGCAAGUAACAUGCUUAUAACGCCGGUCGUUUCUCUGAGCAAUAGCCAUUAUUCACCAGAAAUGUUACCAGUUCAAGGGGCAGAACCUGAAGUUCCGAUCAAAGAUAGCAGCAGUUUGGACACAGCAAAUCAAGAAAACAAAAGCAGCAGAACAAAAGCAGGGAAUAGUGUACAGAUAACACAUAGUACUGUAGAACACUGGAGAGAAGCAACAGCAAAUUCCCAGGCUAGUUCUGCUUCUUCCCCAAGUAGUUAUUCUCACUCGGCCCCUAAAAACGGAACAAAGUCGUUCACAGGCAGUUGGGUAAAGGGUUUACUUGAAAGAUCUCAUCCUCUCAUGCCCAAAAGUUUAUUAACCUAUAAUAACACGGAGAUCUGUAAAAAGCCCAUUAAAAAAGAAACUCGCUGCACUUCACUUGGUAGACAGGCAAGCCACUUUCAUGGUUUUCAAGCAAAACAUUCAAAAAACCAAAGGGAGAAGUUAACAGAGAGGGCAUUAGAUUCUUCUCAUAAGGCUCCUCCUCUAUCCUCACCCACUCUUUUUGCAAGACCCCCUAUAGAAAAGCAUCACAUUGUUGGAAGCAAAAGUAAUGCGGUGGAGAGUGCUGCCUCACUGGUUGCUUUGGGUAACCAGAUUGGGCCUAAACCGAGCCACAAUAAAACGAAAAGCUUUACAUCGGCUGAGAAUGUUGAAGAGUCAAGCGUUACAAUAGCACACCGACUGCGCCUACAACUUCAACAGCAGCUGAAAGCUAAGAAGGAGAAACUGGCUUCGCUAGAUAAGGUGGCGAAGGCUCAGGUGCGAAACAGGCGCUCUCCCAAGAAAAGGAUGAAGGAUCAGUCACAGCUUCAAUCCCAGAAAGAAAGUGACUCCCUGCAGAGCUUGUUAAAUGCCCUGCAGGACCAAAUUGAUGUUGAAGAUAGUAAAUCUGUGAAUUCUCUAAGCACCAGUAUGUCCCAGUGUAGCAGUUCAAGUUUUGAUGACAUUUUAUCUGAGCUGCUGUCUCCCACUACAUCUGUUGCUUCCUUGGAACUUCCACAAGAAGAAGAAUGUGGAUAUGGUGCACAGGAAAUAAACCAUGACCAUAAUUAUCAUAGUCCAGUAAAGGAGAAUGGAUAUGAGGACCGUACAAACCUGUCAAUUAAAUCAUCCCCCAAGAAACUCGACUUUGAAAGUCCAACAAAACAAUUUAGUCUAGAAGAACUGUUGCCUAGUUCAAUGCUGAAUUCAAUAAUGGCUGACACUCAAGACUUGCAUCACUUUGAUGAAACCCUCUUAGCAUGGUGA